AUGGCUCGGUACAGCACACCGCGGUAUGAGGACAACGAGGAGGAACAGUUUCCAUUCGAGCAAGCUCCAAGCUCGGGGGGUUACACUGACUCCAAACGAGAGGAGCAUGAAGGGACGAAUGAGAUACCAAUCCGGACAAGUGACAGGGAGGAGCUGAUCCAGUGUAUUAAACGAGGACAGCGGACAACAUGGGUUCCCAAACCUGGGUUGGAGGCCAUAUGUGCCGAAGUUAAUAACGAUCAGGAUACCGCUUCGCCGUCUACCUUGCCCUCGCAAAGGUAUGAUGUGCCAUCCGACCAGACCACACUGUCUCGAGUGGGGAUGGAAGACAUAGUCACAAGACCCCUUCCGCUUACCACAGCCGAUGCUUUACGCCGCUCAAUGUCGUCCUUGCAUACGGGCGAUUUCCUUGGUGACUUUUGGGAAAGGACAGAGCGGAUUUCUCAGGCCCCUGCACCUUUUUCCACACCACCGGGGAGGCCAGAUCUUCGACCCGAUUAUGAUGAUCCUCCUCCAUUCUGGCAAGCGGAAAAUUCUCCAACAUUGAGCCUCAAGUCACAGCAGAGUUCUCCUUCAGAUAUACUCAGACGGUCGCGUGCCCCCUCUCUGGGAAGCAGCUUGUCUUCAAGUUUCGUCAUGAGAAUCCCUACAAGCCCCCUCGUUCACGCAACGAACAAUCCUACACUGGAUUUCUCGCCGAGGGAUCCUCAGAGGGCCGAAACGGGAACUUCAAUGAGGAGGAGAACAAUGCCUGCCAACGCCUUUGAGUCUUUGCAUAUUUCGCCCGUGGAUACUGUUACACCAAACUUCAGCCGCCCACUACCGUAUGUGCAAUCACAGCACCGCGAUGGCUCCUCGUUCCCGCAUGGACACCGACCACGUCGUUCGUUAAGCUCUUUCACAUAUCAAGCGGCAAUGGUCCCACAGGCCCCUCCCUGGCUGAGACAACGUCGACCAUCGUUGGCAGCCGAUGGUUCCCCACGGCACCGGGCAUCGAUGGUCGGCUCUUUCGAAGAGUCAAUUCUUCGAGGCAGGAUGUCUACUCCGUCGUCAAAGCCUCUUGACUUCGUGGCCCAAAUUGGAGUUAUGGGAAAAGGUAACUGCCCAGCAAGCCUGAAGUGCCCAGCCCACGUAAGCGUGCCGUUUGGUGCAGUCUUCUAUAAUUAUCCUUCGGCGAGUACGUCCAGAUCAAUCUCAGACGAUAAUCCCAGCCCCUACGUUGGCAAUAUCGACCUGGAACAUAAUUUGAAAACACCAGAAGAACCACGCCGCCGCACACGGCGAUCCCAAGCUAACCUUGAUCCCGAAGUAUUGGCGGCUGAAAUUACGAAGCCCGAGAAUACGACAAUUGGCAGGGCUUUGGCCAAGGAAGCACGAGAAAGAAAAGAAAAUACUUCAGCGUCAUCCAAAGUCCCUUCCGGUGGAGCAUACCGAGUACCGCAGAAAGGACAACUGCAACUCAUUAUCAAGAAUCCCAACAAAACCGCCGUCAAACUAUUCCUGGUCCCGUAUGAUCUGGAAGGUAUGCUUCCCGGCACAAAGACAUUUGUUCGACAGCGGAGUUACUCGUCUGGUCCGAUUCUCGAAGCUGCAACCCUGGAGAAACAAGCCGCCCUGGCUGCUCGAGAUCCUCUGAGUACAAAGGAUAUCCUUCGCUACCUCAUCCAUCUCAAAUUUUGCUGUACUGCAAAGGGUCGUUUCUAUCUCUACGACAGUAUUCGUGUGGUAUUUGCCAACCGCGUGCCAGAUGACAAGGAGAAGCUACGGAACGAAGUUCAACUGCCGGAGCCCAGAUUCUCUGCCUAUAAACCGGCAGUUGGACAGCAUUCGCAAAGCCUGAGUGUGGCAGAUGAGAAACUGCCUGUUCCAACACAGGCGCGAGAUGACCUUGAAUUCGAUAAGCUGGAUGAUGCCGUCCGUUCAAGCAGCACGGACGCCCCUUUCAUGCAACCAGGAAGCUCAUCCGCUACCUCAUUCAGCCCAUCGGCAACCUCGACGUUUGACCGUGAUGACUCGAACGGGGUAGGGCAAGCAGCGCUGGUGGAAGACCAGGGACCUGAACUUGAGCGCACUGUCUCUCCCACUCCUGGCUUCUUGCCUUCAACGUCGUCGCGAAGUUCGCCGGUGCCAUGGCCGGUCUCGAAUGGUUCUUCCAUAGCACAAGGCUUCGCUUCCACUCCAGUUGAGGCUGGAUAUGGCUUGCUCUCGCGCAAGUUCAAGGAAUUCAACGGGACAGCUGCGGGGCAAAGGGACUAG